AAUGGAAAUAAUAAAUAGCGGAGAACAGUUUUAAAACAUCCAAGUCGUAAUUAUGUUAAAUGAACUCAUAACAUGGGUCCUAAAUACCUAUCUCGGGAAAUAUUUAGAGGAUUUUAAUCCUGCUCAAUUAUCAAUAGCUCUUGUAUCAGGCGAAGUCGAAUUGGAAAAUGUUCCUAUUAGAAAAGACGCUUUAAAAUCAUUUGGAAUUCCUGUUCAGGCCUUGUCCGGUUGUAUAGGCAAAAUUAAAUUGCGAAUACCUGUCCGGCAAUUUCGUUCAUCUCCAUGGUGUAUUACUAUUGAGCGAGUGUAUGGGGUUUUUGGAGCGAAGGAUUUGAAUGAAUGGGAUGAUGAAAAAGAGUGUAAUGAAGAAUAUGAAUAUAAAGUUAGCGUUCUAGAUGCAAAGGACGCUAAUUGGCGAGUCGAGAACGGCUGCCAUAUAGAAACGUAUUAUUCAUCGUCAUACUCGACCUGGCUUAAUUAUGGGGCCACACUAGCCACAAAUAUAUUAGAAAAUCUGGAACUUAAUAUUAAUGAUGUUCAUCUGCGAUACGAAGACUCGUUGACGAUUCCCGGUUAUCCUUUUACUGCUGGCAUUCGUAUUAAAUCACUCACCGCACAAAGCUGUGAUGGUAGUUGGAUACCUGGCGCGAAAAUCAUUAAUAAUCAAACUAUUUCUUACAAAUUGUUAGAGCUUCGAGAUUUGCUUGUGUAUUGGGAUCGCCUACAUGACAACAAUAUGUGCACAAAAUUGCUUUCAAAAAAUCUUUUAGAGAACAUGAAUGAUUUGUGCAAACCAGAAGAUCAUUCAUUCUUCGUUAGUCCUAUUAAUGCAGCAGCGAAAUUUAAACGCGAAUUGUGUAAACAUCCAAUACGUACCAAAGGUCGUCCACGCAUUUCAUGUGACGUUUUUGUUCAGCAAGUAAAAAUUUCGUUAAGUGCAGUGCAGUAUACAGAGAUGAUUGAAUCUAUUACGGGAUUACAGAAUUUAAAGCGAGAGCGUGCCUUUAAAAUGUUGCGACCCAAAUGUCCGGUCAAGGGUAACGUGAAAAUAUGGUGGAAGUAUGCUUUAGAAUGCCAUGGUUUCAGUUUUCGGAGCUGUACAGAAAAAUGGCUAGUGGUUAAAGAAAAUCUUCGUUAUAUUUCAAUAUACAAACGUCUCUUAUUAAAUCCGAAUGAAAAAUUGACAAAGGACGACAAGCAAUUUAAAGCAGACAUGGAAAAAGCGAAAUCUCUAAACGAAUUGGAAGCUUUAAGAGACGUUUGUUGCGAGCACAUUUCCUGCAAAGGUAUAUUAUUGCGAAAUCGAAAUGCGAAUCAAGGCAGAGGUCUUCUGUUUCAUUGGUUCCCUAACUGGUGGGGUUGGUAUAGCUCUGGUUCCGACAACGGUAACCAAGCGACUGCCAAUGAUGAAACUUACAAAAAUAUUGAAGAUGAUAUUCUAAUUGCCUUGAAAGAGACAAUUGAAAAUGAUGCAUUUUCAAAUCGAGAUGCCGUCUUUGGCUAUUUUACAUUUACUCUAUCAGAUGGUCAGAUUUUACUAGCAGCAAAUAAUUGCGACAAUGAAGGCGCGGUUCUAGAUAUGGAAUUCAAAGCAUUAAUGUCGUUUAUAGAAAUAAAACCUAGAUUAAGUUCCUAUAGAAUUGGAAUUUCGUUGGGCUCGGUCAGUUUGAAUGAUAAAUUAACACUCCCAACCGAAUUUCCUUAUUUGAUAAGACCACAGACGCAAAGCAAUAUUAUUCCCACGAAAUCCGUGCACAACGACCUCAAACAAGUGUUCACAAAGAAGCUGAGUAUGCAAACGGAAAAUGAACCGUGGUUUCAAAUGCAAUAUGAGAGGAGCCCUUCCGACUACGUGUCUGCCUAUCGUUUAGUUAUUAAAUCGAAAAGUUUAGAUGUUGUUUAUAACGAGAUCACCUGGAAGUGGUUAAUAUCAUUUUUUGCCAAGCCAUUCAACGACAGAAGAGUAAAGCAACGGAUAUAUGAUUCUGAAAAUUCUUCUCGAUUAAAAUUUUUUAAAAAUUUUAAAAACAUGUUUAUGACCCAAAAGGACUAUCAAAAGAAGUGGUCUUUUGAAAUAGAUAUAUUUGCUCCCCGCAUAAUAUUUGUCGAAAACUUUAGAGAGAAAAACACAUCAGUGGUAUUAGUGGAUUUCGGUCGCUUCCAACUCAUUAAAAACGAUAGACCCAGGAAACGUGACGAGACAAUUGAGAAAGCCGGUAAUGAGAGCGAGGAAGAAAUGUUUAUGACACCAUGUUCGACCCCACCGGGAUCUCAAAUAAGUCGUUCGGGUUCACCAACUUGCGUCAACGAUUCAUCGGUCUUUUCGAAAUUCGUCAUUAACAAUGAUACUAACUUGGAAAGUGCUUUGUAUAAUGACAUUUAUGAUAAAUAUUUAAUAAAUCUCACGGACUUACAAGUGAUUGUUUGCAAAAAUCGUGAAUGUGGUUUUGCCUGCUCGAAGACGUCGUCUAAUGUGCAUUUGUUGGACAAAUUUAAUAUAUCGCUUCAGUUGGAAAGGAGAAAAAUUGUGACGUCAGAUCCGGAAUAUCCGUCUUUAACGUUGUUCGGAAAUCUUCCAAAAAUUGUUGCCCACGUCAACGAGCAGAAAAUAACCGAAUGUUUAAAAAUUAUCUGUCCAAUUAAUUUUGAUGUUUUUCAAUUGUCUAAAAAUGCAAUUGAUGAGCGAACGCAGUGGAAAGAUGUUACUCCUGAUCCCGAAGACAUCCAAGAACCGGAAAUCAAUACAACAAUUUUUCAAUUUGUCAUUGGGCAAAUGAUUUUAGAAAUGCAAUCUCAUUUAAAAAGUAUAGCUGAACUUCAAGUGAUAGGUGUUAAAAUGUCUAUAUCCCGAAAGGCAGAGGAGCUGAAUUUUAAUAUGUCCGUGCACGGUCUUUUACUUGUCGACGCUAUUCAGUCAUUUGGUUCCGACUUUGAGCUCUUGGUCGCCAGUCAUCGCCAUGUUGAAAUAGACAGUAUAUCUGGAAGCAUUAAGCAAAGUGAACCAUGCUCUCCUAUUUCACCAGGCUCUCCAGACCCUAAUGUAAAUCAAUAUCCUACAAACGUGAAUGCUAUUGAUCGAGCUAUUACAUGUUUACAGUCAGUGAAAGGGAGGGAGCAUGGUAUUGGCGAUGCUCUAAUAAUUGUCGACGUAAACUUUAUACCAUCUACACCCGAUGGGGAGCCUCUGCAAAUUGUGAAUAUAACGUUUAACAAUUUGGAUGUUAUCGCGAAUCAAGAAACGAUCAUGGAAUUAUUUGGCUUUGGAAAACGCAUUUUGGAUAGUCGACAAUUGUUACAAAAAAAUCCCAUAAACAAAUAUAAUAGCUUAAAUGGUGCUGAGGUCCCUGAAUCCGAAUCUUAUGAACAAUUAAGAACGGAAAUUAGCUUUGACUUUCAUCGUCUUAAUGUAUUAGUAUUACGCAGUACAAAAUCUGAAGCAAUGUGUGUUGGUCGCAAAGUUGGAACGCUUACGAUGAGCGAAGCAAAAAUCCAUGCAACACUGGGAAAACAGACAUACGUGACAGGCGAAUUGGGUGGCAUACAAAUAAUUGAUAUAACUCCAGAAGGUUUAAACCAUCAAAGGAUAUUUUCCGUUGGAAAGGAUCCGUUAACAGAUAAUCCGAACGCAUGUGAAAAUGACGUUUUAUAUUCACUUACAACUGAACUAUACGGUAUGGGUCCACAUGAAAUUGAUUGUCAGUGUCCGAACGCAUUGCAUUUUAAAAUCAAUCGCUGUGAUAAUGCCUCAGUUGAAGUAACAAUUCGAAUGGCAUCUGUUUGGUAUACACACUGUCCUAGAUUCAUCGAAGAGAUUUAUUUUUGCGUAAAGGAAUUUAAACAAUAUUUUAAGAAUUUUCUAAAAUCCCUUCGCAACAAAGCAACACAUAUGGCUAAGGGUCUUGUGCAGCAUAUAAGCUCCAAUAAUUUAAAGAAGGUCAAAGGAGAUGUCUCACUCGACGUGGUUUUAAGCAGUCCAGUAUUAGUUUUACCGAAGUCUUGUGAAAGUGCCGAUGUUUUAGUAGCCAAUUUGGGUAAAAUUACUAUUUGUAAUCAACGCGAGUAUAUAGAAUCACCAACUGUAGCAUGCCGAAAUACUAAAAUUGAUUCGUGGACUAAGGAUACAUAUUUCAUAGAUGUGCGAAAUAUUAAUUUGUUCUCAUUAAACACGGCUAAACGAAAGGAACUAAAGAUAAAUAUCUUACCGAAGGCAAACGAAUAUUAUUCGUGUAAAAAUGAUGCCGUCGCUAUUUUGUACGAUACCGCCUUAAUUUUUCAAUGUAUAUAUGAAUCAAAAACAGUUAAAGUUGAUACAAAAUGGACUUAUGAGUAUAAAUUCUUGAUUGAAGGCAGUGUUACGCAAAAUCUUCAUAUAUCAUUAUCACGAUCGCAAUAUGAACAACUUUGCGAUGCACUCAGUUAUGGUACAAAAGUGGUAUUACAUAAAGAGAAUAUAAAUUACAAUAAUAAGGAGGCAAAGUCAAGUGACGAAGAACCUAAAAGAGAUAGUUCGAACAAGACGUCAGUCUUGCAGAAAAUGAGCGUACAAUUUUCAGUUCCAAUAUUAAAGUUAGAUUUGAAAAAUGAACACAAUGUUCCACUUAUUCUUAUAACUUUUCAAGAGUUCAGUUUUGAGAAUAAUGAUACAAGCACUCAAAGGGAAUUAAAUGUGUUCCUUCGUUCGAUACUAAUGGAGGAUUUAAAAUGUUCAUCAGACUCCAAAUUCAGAAAUAUGGUGGACUCUUCAAAUGAAAUUGGAUCUGAAGCUAAACACUUUAUCAACAACAAGUUGUCGUUCUCAUGUCCAAAUAUAGCGAGACAUGAAAAUGUACGGGUUGAUUUAAAUGCAUCAAUGCCAUCAAAUCUCAAUAAAAAAUCAAACAAAUAUCUGAAAUCCCGAGACGAAAUUGUGAAGGCAUUGAAAGAAAUUGAUGAAUUCCAAAUAAAAUCAAAGAAGACAACAGAUAAUCUGGUAAUAUAUAAAGCAUUAGUAAUAAAAGCAACACAGCCUGAGACCGCUGAUUGGAUUAGCAGUUCUAUUGAUUUCAGUUGUUUAAAUUUAAUUAUAUCAAUCGAGAAAUGGUUCAUGAUUUUCGAUUUCUUUGGAUUAAUAACUAAUGAAACGAAAAGCGACGGUUAUCCGAAGCAGCAAAAGAGUAAGAACACAGGAAUGUCGGCACGCGAGUUGCUGGUCACAGUUAACUGUUUAAAUUUAAUAUUAGUACGAAGCGAAAGAGAGUUAGCUAAGGCUAAUGUAUCGAAUGCGUUUCUUAAGAUUAAAAAUGAUAAUGGCGCUCAAUCAGUGGAUGGUCGUUUGGGAUCUAUUUCGAUAUAUGAUUUAACACCUUACGGACAUUUAUAUCCAGAGAAAUUUUCAACAGCAGGAUCAGAAGCAUUAAGUUUCUCUUAUAAAACGAGUGAUAUGCAAGCUAAUGCGAAAAAAGUGCGAUCAUUGGAAAAGAAUGCGCAGCUAUUGAUUCACAUGUCAUCUGUAAAAUAUGUGCACACUAAAAGAUUCAUUAUGGAAUUCAUUUUGUUCGUUAAAGAACUGUUGCAGCUACAAUCGCCAGUCUUGAGGCGAAUAAAAAGUCACGAUGCGAAUGAUAAAAUUACAAAUACAUUGCGAAUGGGUUUAGAAAUUCAUGUGGAAUCACCGAUUAUGUUACUUCCGGUUUCCUAUCAUAGCAGUCAUCUAUUAAUAGUGGAUCUAGGAAAGUUUACACUGAUUAAUAGUUUUUAUUUCGCCAAGGAUUUGCCUCCUCUGGUGGAAAAGUUGAAUGAUGGCGAUCAAUGUAAUGAAAUCGUUGAUCUGAUGAAUAUUGAUUUAGUUAACAUAAACUUAUUAACUGGCGAAUGGCAAUCUUGUAAUCGGAAGUAUCAAUUACCGGUCUCUGGAUCGGAUAGCGCGAUUCAUUUAGGUAAUUGCGGUGUAAUAAAUCUCGGGAACACAAUAUUUAAGGAGAAGUGCCAUUUGAAACUUCAAGUUUUUCGCAACACGGAAUGUGACAUCACGCACAAUAUUCCGGAUAUUAGCGUCAAAGGUACAUUAUCGGAGCUAAAUGGUUUGCUUGAAUUAAAACAAUAUAAACUUAUCAGAGGUUUUCUGAACUAUAAUCUGGGUGAGACAAUUGAUGAUGUGUAUUAUAAUUAUCAUGUAAAUCUAAGUGAAUCUAUCGAACGACUUAAUUCGUUGACAAAGGUUAAUGCUCCACCAAAUCCAACAUCAAUAUGGAAUACUAUGUCUAUUAGCUUUUUAUUGGAAAAUGUUAUCAUAUUUUUAGCGGAGCCAACAGAUACAAACAAUAGAAAUGGCAAUGCUCCGCUAGCUUGUAUUAAAUUUAUUAAAUCGACACUUUAUAUUGAUUCAUUUAGCGAUAGUUCACAAGAUAUCGAUUUGAUAUCGAGCGAAAUAUUAAUUACCGAUGUGCGCGAUUGUGCGACAAACACUUCAAAGAACGUUUUCAAAAAUAUUUUAACACCAUCGGUUGAAGGAGCGAUGAAAGACACUGUCCAAGUUGAAGUGCACAGUCGAAAACGUAACGGAACCUCAAAAUAUACAAUUAUGUUAAAUAAUAUGAGAAUUAUGGCGAUUUUAGAUUAUUUGGAAAAAUUAAAAAAUUUCCUGAAAGAGGAACCGUAUAUGAGUUCGGUAACCGAACCAGUUUGGAAGAAUCGAUUAUCCAUAAAGCAGCACAUGUUUUCUAAAGCACAAUCUGAGGAAAAUACCAAGUACGAAUUUGUAUUGAAUAUAACAAAUUCGGAAAUUGUGUUUGUAGAGAAUAUUGAAGUAAUUGAUACGAACGCAAUAACGUUGAAAAGCACAACGGUAUUAUCGUACAAGCCCAACAAUAAUAUUGUGCCGAUUUCAAUUGAUAUUAAUCAUUUAGAAGUCUUCUCGUGUAUACUUGGUUGCGAAAAUGAAAGCUCUCUUUCCAUCAUCGAUCCAUUCACAUUGAAUAUGGAGCUGCGAAAUAAUUGUUUCCAAAUUUCUAUACAAAAUCAAUUAUUCAUUAGGGUAUCGUACAAUGACGUUAUGCUGUUUACUAGAAUGAUGCGAUCUAUUCCGAAACAAACUGUAGCUCAUAGCAUACUACAAGCCAAUUGCAAUGACUUUGAGAAAAUUGCGCCCCUUGUCGCAAUGGGAUUUAAGCAGAGUGAAUGCUGGGCAGCAAUGGAAAUGUGCAACUAUAAUUUAAAUGAGGCAGCUCUGUGGCUGUCGCAGCAGAAACAAAAUAAAUCAGUAAAUAAGGCUCACAAAAUAAAUAGCGCGACAUUGAAUGCGAAUUGCAUAUCUGUUUGUAUAAUCGACGAUUGUUUGGAUGCGGAUGUGCCAUUGCUAGAGUUCUCAUUGUCACGUUUAAUGAUCACUCAGAAAAUGCAUAUUGUAGACGAUUCCAAUUUAACGAAAUUUUUUGAUGGUGAACUCGAGAGUGUAAUUGCCAGUGAUUAUUAUAAUCGUCGUCUUAGCGGUUGGGAACCAAUUAUCGAGCCAUGGGAAUGCACCAGUACUUGGCAUUACUCAAAUUCGAACACUAUCCCUUUAAAAAGACUGAAUAUGCAAGUAACCAGCAAGCAAAUAUUAAAAUUAAAUAUAACAUCGACCCUUAUUGAGCUUUGCGAUAUUGUGCAGAAAAAUUGGAUGAAAGACUAUUUUGGCAGAGCUACAAAUUCGUCAGCGCACUUUAAACGGCGGCAUCCGUUCGUGCCGUUCGCUUUGAAAAACUUAACCGGGGAGCCGGUGUUAUUUAAAAUUUUUUAUUCCGAAGCUGGAGGUAUAACGCUUACCGAGGUUACACAAAACGAUUUAAUGUGUAAUUGGAUAUCGGUACAGCACAAUGAGGUGAUACCAUUUGACUUUGGGCCGCAAAGUAAACUCAGACAUCUGGACUCGCACAAAUUGAAUAUGCAUCAAAUACUUGUCCAAAUACAUGGUUGGACUUUGAUUGGUCCGAUUUCGAUCGAUAAAGUUGGUGUAUUUUUUCGUUACGCGACUCUCGACACGCAGUACAAUAAGAAAACGCGUAUUGUGUUUCAUAUAUCUUUGUUUGGAUCAGCGCAAAAACUUAUAACUGUUCGAUCGGCGCUCAGCAUUAUAAACAACACUAGCAAAAGAUUCUUUUUACGUAUGCAAGGUCAAACAGAAAAAGAAUCCUCAAUCUUGAGCAUGGAAGCUUUUGAAAAAUUAAGUAUACCGUUGCGAUCCCUGGACUCAUUAAUAUAUUUAAAGCCUGACCAGAAUGUCUCAUCAAUCGACGAAAUGCAUGAGUCUCUUAAUCGCGACGACAAUUGCUAUCAAAAGAAUGAUGUUUUGCUCCGUAGCACUUCCAAUGAAAGUGUUGGCUUUUGUACAAAAGCCAUUUCAUGGGCUGAAUGCACCCAGGACGUCAUUCAAGAUGUUCACUCAUGUUAUUCUUUAAGUAAAACGACUUUUCAUAUAUUGACAGAAAUCAGAAAAGACAAAUUUCCAAUUCGGGAAAGUAGCUCCGUGCCUGGUCACACCAUAGUUAUUAUACCGCCUCUCAAAUUAAAAAACUUACUUUGCUGUGAUUUGCUGUUUAAAAUCACCGGACAUACUCAUGGCAGAAUCAAUGCGUCCGAAGAAAUUGAAAUAUACACAGUAGAUAUAAAUGAAGCAUUUUGUUUGACCAUUACUUUGGAUAAUUAUAAACUCUCAGGACAGUUGAAAAUACCGAUGGGUCAUAGCGGCACUGUUGAGCCCAAACUGAAAUUAAUAGAUGUCCUUAAUAGAGAGUUAUUUUUAAGUGUUUCAAUACAAGCCCUGCCAGGCAAGGGUAUGGAAAUAUACAUUAGUGCACCUAUAUGGAUCAUAAACAAAACCGGUUUGCCACUAUUAUUCAGACAGGAAGGAACCAAUCAGCCAGCGUCUGGACAAUUUGAAGAACAUGAGCAUGCUCGUGAAGUGUCGCCUUUAAUGUUUUCAUUCUCUGAUCAAGAAGGCGCACCGUUACUUGAAAUUCGCUUAGGGAAAAGUUAUGGAAACAAUAAUCCGUGGUGCAAAAGUUUUGGUAUUCAUAAGGAUAUUACAUUUCGCGAUUUAAAGGCAGAAAAAUCAAAAAUAAGCUACGUCAUCGGAGUCAAUGUUCAAAGAGGAAAGGGAUUAUACUGUUGCUCAACAUUUGUUACAUUAUCUCCUCGCUUUCAAAUGCACAAUAGAAGUUCGUAUAAAUUGGAAUUUGCUCAAAAGUUCGAUGUCAGGGAAAAUAGGAAAGCUCCUUUAGAACGAAUAAUUACUGCUCUACCUGGAAGCAGUUUUCCAUUUCAUUGGCCAGAUUGCGAACAAGAAUUACUACUUUGUGUACGAGUUGCCGAUAAUGAGUAUUAUCAUUGGUCGCAUGGAUUACCAGUGAAUGAAACGAAGAGUCUUUAUAUAAAUAUUCGAAACGAUAUCGGUGAGAUGAUAUUUUUACGCUUAGAAGUCAUUUUGCAUGGUGGGACCUAUCUUUUACAUUUUACCGAUGCUCAUACUUUACCGCCACCAUUAAGAAUCGAUAAUUAUUCAGAAGUUCCAAUAUAUUUCUAUCAAAAAUAUUGUGAACCACAUUGGAGAACAUCUAUUAAACCGCAAUCAUCGCUCGCCUACGUCUUGGAUAAUCCAUUGGGUUCGCAUAUAUUGCAUAUAGAAGCGCCCGGUGGAAACUGUGUUGAUUAUCCCUUAAACAAAAAUGUCGCCAAGAGUAUAACUUAUGCUAAUUUUAUAUACAUAGCCUUUAAAGAGACUUUUCGUUGCGUUGUGCCUAACGGUGACGGGGACGAUAAGACCUUAGAGUCGCUACAAUUAGUGCUUGGCGUGAAGGACAAGCGUGUCAUAAUAACAAGAAAAUGUGCUGGUGAUCGUUCUCAACUAUGGCUCAUGAAUUCAUAUGGGCAAUUGGAGCAUGAGGGUUCCUCGCCGCCCACAGAAUAUUCGAAAACUAGUGAAAGCUUUUCUGCCCGUUUAGUUUUGGAUUUAGAAAAGCCGCCCAAUCCCACAGAGCUUACAAGAUUAGUUGUUCGAGCACAAAAUAAUCAAAGAACAAGUACUCAGACUUGGCGUUUCGAAGACGGAAGAUUAAUGUGCCAUGCAAACAUGUGCAUUCAGUCAUUAAAUGGAAUUUAUGGAUUAAAGCCUGGCGCUGAAGCUGUCCUUGGUAGAUGCGACAAUGGCUCAAGAACACUGAAUGCAGAUAACAUACCCUUUGAACAAAGUAUUGAAAUUCAGAAGCUGCGACCUGGUUCCGGGCAUCUUGAGGUGUAUAGUAAGAUGGACGGUCCCAUAAAGUCCAUACAAAUGCAUGACGUUAAAAGUAAUCUGGAAAAAAUUGCGUUAUCACCAGAUCCCUUAUGGAAUCAUACAUCAGUGUUUAACAAAGGCGUAAUUGAUAAAAAGCAGACAAUCUUUUUAGAUGAGUGCUUGGCAAAAUUAACACUUGUAAAAGGUUUCGGGAUAUCUGUUGUAACACAUUCACCAUGCGAAGAAUUAAUGUACAUCACACUUGAAGACAUAAUGCUAGACAUAAUUUUAUUGCCUUUUACAAAAUCAUUGGAAUUAAAAGUUGGUGAUCUGCAGAUAGACAAUCAACUAUUAGACACACUAUGUCCCGUUUUAUUGUAUACAUCGAAAUCGAACGCCGAUGAUUUACCAAAAGAAGCUGUGGUAUUAAAAGCAAAAUUAUUGCCCAGUCCUAAUAAAAAUGCGGUUAUAUUUGAAUAUAUAUCUUUCGAUUUGAAACCUUGCAUUGUAUGCCUAGAGGAACGUAUGAUUUUAAAAACUGGUGUUUUUCUUAACUUCGGACGGGUGACUAAACGGAAACAUUUACAAGCAGAUAGUAACGUUUAUCGAACUGAUGAGUAUCCUUUUUCGAAAAAUGCUAAACGAUUUUAUUUCGAAAACUUGGUCAUUGGACCAACCCAGGUACGACUUACUGUUUUAACAGCGUCCAAAUUAUCACCCGAGCUUUUCGAAAUGAAGAAGUCACUUGGUCUGACGUUAAUCAAGUUUGAAGACGCUUUAAUAGAAUUUGAUAAGUUUUCUGACAGGCAUCAUUUCGAAACAUUAGACGUUUAUUUUAAGGUGUUAAAGGUCCAUUAUAUAAAUCAAUUAAAAUGGCAUGCAGCAUCGAUAUUGGGAAGUGUAGACUUUUUGGGGAAUCCUUUAGGAUUCGCUAAUGACCUUUCAGAGGGCGUAUCAGGAUUAAUAUUUGAAGGUUCCGUUAAAAGUUUGGUCAAAAAUGUAACCCACGGCAUAUCAAAUUCAACGGCAAAACUAACAGAGACGUUAUCAGAUAGUUUAGGUAGGGUUGUUUUGGAUGAUCACGACAAUGAGACUCGCCAAAAAAUAUUGGAGGUUACAUAUCCAACUACCGGCAGCCAUUUGGCAGCGGGUUUAAAGGGUUUUGGCUUUGGCCUACUUGGGGGAGUAACAAGCAUCGUUCGUCAUACUUACGUUGGUGCCUUGUCAGACGGUUUCCCGGGAUUUCUGAGCGGUUUGGGAAAGGGUCUUGUGGGUACGGUAACAAAACCAAUUAUAGGUGUUCUUGAUUUAGCAUCAGAAACUGCAAGUGCCGUUAGAGAGACAAGCAGAGGCUCCCAUCAUUACUUACCCGAUCGUAAGCGUUUACCGCGUUGCGUAACAGGUGCAUCAGGCGGCUUACUGCCCAGUUACUCAUAUCGGCAAAGUAAAGGACAACAAUACCUUUAUAUAAUUAAUCGUAGAAAUUUAAAUGAAAAACUAAUAUUUUAUGAGCCAAAUUUGUGUAACGACCGAGAAGCGAAAUUACGACUUCUUUUAUCCACGGAAUACAUUCGCAUUUUCUCAAGGUGUGAAGAAGAUCCUGCGAUAAUGUUUGAAUGUCAUUUGAGCGAGGUACUAUCAUGUCAUCCUUUGACCACAAAUGCGACUAGUGCUCACUCAAGCAAAAUUACACCGAGUUAUUACAUCGAAAUAUCCACGAAUUUACCAAAAGUUACGCGACCGCGAGUUCGUUGUCAAAAUGAAGAAAUUGCUGAAAGGGCUUCAAGAUGUAUAAACUACGCGAAGGCAGUGUUUGAUGAACGGGAGCUGUCAUUAACAUACUUCUAAAUAAUUGAAUUUAAUUUAUUGAUUGUAACUACAUUUAGAACGACUUAAAACUUACCUUUAUAAGUAAAUAUCGUUAAAAUAAAGUACAAUUAUUGUAACUAUGUAUAUAUUGUAAUCUAUGUACCUAAUUAAAUAAACGAUGUUUUAUACU